AUGAAUAUCUUUCUCGAUAAAUACGGAACCGAUACAACUACAAACUUUCAAUUUAUGAGAUGGGCGAAUGAGUUAAAUAUAUCACCGUUUUAUUAUUGUAUGAGAGAUGAAAUAAAUGAUCUGAAAUAUAAGAAAGAUGAUAAGAUUACAAAACAAAAAUUAGACAUUCAACAAUUAAUAGAUAACAUUCCAGGUGAAAAUGAAGAUACGUUUCAACAGGAAUUAAAUGCUCUGGAAACUAAACUAAAUAGUGAAUUACAAAAAGAACUAAGAAAUAUUAAACAACAAAUACAAAAUAUUGAUGAUAGCGAAAUCAAAACCUAUAUUCAACAACAAAUACAAAAUAUUGAUGAUAGCGAAAUCAAAACCUAUAUUCAACAACAAAUACAGAAUAUUGAUGAUAGUGUUAUUCAACAACAGUUAUACACUAUUAAUAACCUAGUUUUAAAACAGGAUAAAAAUAUAGUCGCAUUAGAAAAGUAUCUCAAGAGAGAAAAUAAAUCAUAUUAUUUUAGUCUUCCAUUUGGAAGUUUGAGACGUGACGAUGCUUCUAUUACUGAUAAUAUUGAUAGAUCAAAAGUCUAUGAAUAUAAAAAAUAUGGAAUUACAGCAAAUAUAAGAACAAGAUUUUCAUCUAAUUCUCAAUUUAACGCUCGCAAAGUUCUUCAGUUUAUCAAUGGUACAGAAAAUGUAGAAACUAAAGAAUUAGAAAUUAACGACGAAAACAGCAAGAAUGAUCACUUAUAUAAAAUUAAAACGAGUGGAAAAUAUAUAUAUAGGUUUAGAAUGUUAAUCAUACCAGAUAAAGAAAAUAACACUCUUUCAUUUAGUGAAUUUCAAAUGAUAUUGGAAACGGAAACUCCACCAUCAGUAAGUAUUAUUAGAAAUCCAGAACCACAAAAAGAAGCAAGCAGUUAUGAGUUUUUACGAGCAACAGAGUAUGAAUACGUAAAACUAUAUUUUGUUAAUAAUGAUAUAUUUACCUCAAUUGAUAUUCAUAAAAGUCAACAAAAACAAAAUUUUUUGAUACCAACAAUAAGAGAUGAUGAUGCAUAUGUUAUCAAUCUAUAUUAA